CGGAUUUCUUAUUCCCUUUUGCCUUUUGCAGCCGUUCUCAGUGUCGGUCCGUGUAACGCUACUGAGCGACACUAAGAACGACUGCUGAGGAGACUAGCAUUAACGGGGUAUUCACUUUUUUGUCAAAUGAAAGCCAGUGAAAAUCCCAGUCUAUGGAGAAAUGGCGGACUGGUUGAGCUCCCUGGUUCCCGAGGAAGACGUGGCCCGGAAGACGUGGGAAUAUCAGUAUGGAUUUUCUCGCUGUUCGCAGCACAAGAUCAAAGCUUUUCCUUGGUGGGAUGUUCUCUCACGGGAGUCACCAUGCGAUUGAUUCACUGCAGCUUGUGUGUGAGAAUGCAUUGGAGAUUGUGAAUAAUCGUACUGAUAUACUACCAGAAUACCAGCUUUAUUUGCUACCCAACGAUACUAAGUGCGACGAAGCUUACGGUACACAGGUGUUGUUUGAGUACAUCUUGCGAAGACCUCCUAUAAUAAUGCUCUUUGGAGCUGGAUGCUCAUCUGUGACCCGAUCUGUGGCCCAAACAGCUUGGCAGUGGAACUUAGUUCAAGUUUCAUAUGCAUCUACAUCCAGUGAGCUCUCAAAUCACGAUCGCUAUCCACUAUUGUACAGAGUAGUGGCACCGCAGUCUACCUAUAAUGCAGCAAGUCUGAAGUUUUUUGAGUUGUACAAGUGGAAUAGAAUAGCUACGCUGGUUCAAAAUGAACGUGAGUUUAACGAGAUGAUGGCUGAAUUACACCAGGAACUAGCAAAACAAAACUUCACCAUUGUUGCUUCUGAAAGCUUUACCACAGACUCUAAAAGUGAAAUCAGAGCACUCAAGGAAAAAGAUGCUCGUAUAAUAGCGGGUAUGUUCCACGAAGAUAAAGCAAGGCAAGUGUUCUGUGAGGCAUACAAGCUUGGAAUGUAUGGUGCCAAGUACGUAUGGCUUCUACUCGACUGGUAUGACAACCAUAAAUGGUGGUUGAAGAACGACCAACAAGUUGAUUGUACACAAGACCAACUGACACGUGCUACAAGCGGCUACUUCUCUUUUGAACAUUUGAACCCUGUGACCAAUGGCAAACCUGGUAUAUCUGGUCUGACAAUUCAAGACAUAAGGAACAUAUUUAGUACUUCCAAUCCAUACGCCCCAUUUGCCUUUGAUGCAGUCUGGGUCAUGGCCCUCUCGUUGCACAAAGCGGCAGAGAAACUUCAUCUAGAAAACAUGACUCUUGAUAGCUUUACUUACGAGAAUAAAGAAAUAGCAAAGAUUAUUCGAACUUCAGUUCAGGACAUGUCAUUCCAAGGUGUCACGGGCCAUAUAAAGUUCAAUAAGCAAGGUGACAGAGUUGGUCCUGUUCGGCUUAAACAACUUCAAAAUGGAGUACAUUUAACAGUAGCAGUUUAUGAACCAAGUAUUAAAAGCAUCACUAAAAACAACACAUCCAAGGUUAUGUGGCAAGGUUCAGGCCCUCCUUCUGACACCCCGCACAUUGCUUACCAAACAGAAUACAUCGCAUGGAGUCUGUUCUGGUUUAUCAUCACAGUGACAUCAUGUGGUAUCUUGUUGUCCCUGCUGUUCCUCGCCUUUAACAUUAAGUAUCGUCAUAACAGUUAUAUCAAGUCUUCAAGCCCUUGUUUGAACAAUGUGAUCAUAGUAGGAGCGCUCCUUAUCUAUGCUUCGGUGUUUUCAAUACUGUUAGACAGUCGUGUCCUGAGUGGAAAGUUGUUGCCUUAUAUGUGCACAAUUACAGUGUUUCUACUUGGGAUUGGCUACAGUCUGAUGUUUGGAGCCAUGUUUACGAAGACAUGGAGGGUCCACCAAGUACUCAACAAAGCUUAUUCCAAGCAAAAGAUGUUUGGAUGCAGUGAGCUGAUUGGCCUGGUUCUUAUAUUACUAGUGAUUGAUGUCAUUGUGUUUAGCCUAUGGACAGCACUGGAUCCAUUCACCCUCAAUAUGAAAACCACGACUCGAAAGGUACACAGCCACAGUUCCGAAGCGAUCUUUUUUCAGUACGAGUGCUGUCACUCCCAGUCCAUGACCACGUGGUAUUACGUCAUAUUUGGCUACAAAGGUUUCAUGCUAUUGGUUGGAUGCUUUGUUGCCUGGGAGACGCGUAAAGUCAAGGUCAAGUCACUAAACGAUUCCCAUUUCAUCUGUACGAGUAUUUUUACCAUCGUUUUCGCUGUGUUCAUCGGAGUACCGCUGACCUUCCUGAUCCCGGACCAUAGGGACGCCCACGUGACUGUUUUGGCCUUGUGCUUAAUUCUGCCAACGACCAUAUCUUUGUGCCUAAUCUUUGUUCCAAAGAUUGGCAAAAUGAAGAAACAUCCAGAAGAAUUCCUUCAACUAAAGUCUCUCACAGUUAUGCGUGCUGCUAAGGAAUACAGCAAUCGUUCCGCACAGCGCUCAUCCAAUGAUGCUCUCAAUGCCACCAUACAGCGUCUACAGGUUGACUUGGCGAAGGUCAAAAAGGAACUCAGGGAUCAAAAAGCUCUAAACGCAACUGUGCGACCGGUCGAUAAAAACAGGUUCGAUGUAGACAGUGUUGAUAACAGUGUUGAUAACACGCCAAGAUGUACAAGGAAACCUCUUGCCAUACGAUCAAAUACGUGUUUUAACAUCAAAGAAGAUUCAAAGUCCCACCAAACAAAUCAACACAGAAGAUGCAACACCUUCUCAGAGGCCUAUCUACCUAAUGGCCACAUGACACACGACAGUCACGUGGAAGAUCUAAAGGUGGAAAACGAAAGCCUGAGACAUCGACUGCGCCAGUCUAAGAUAAUCGAGGCAGGAAAGAUGUGCAAGGUGUUGUAUGAAAAUGCUGAACUGAACAGAAAAAUAGUUGAAUUAAGCAUGAAGCAAACUCCAAGCAGCGAGAAUGACGCGGUGUCUCGCCUGAUGAAAGAAAACAACGAGCUUAAAAGACAACUUGGAGAAGUGAGCAUCCUCAAUUCGGUCUGGUGUGAUGUGACUCCCAAGUUGAAACGAAAGGGAACUACAGAGAACAAGCACAAGAAAGACUUGAAAGAACUGCAGCAUCUGUUGACAGUGGAUCUGGGCGGUGGAAGGGCAAGUUCAUUUGGUGCAUCACACUCAAGGCGGCCGCCUACAAUAGGACUUUCCCAGUCUUCACUCAACCUUCUCGACCCAAAGGAAUCCCAUCGAGAGGUUAUAGGAGAGAGCCAAGAGAAUGAAAAGAAAGCUGAAGACAAUGAUAAAGAUGUUUUUGCUAGUGAUAAGAAACUUAACAGUGAAACUAAGUGGGUGGAGGUUAAUGGAGAUGAAGCAAAACCGAUUGACCAACAUGAUGAGGACCGAGUCAAUGAUGAGCAAAUGCCGUUCAAGGAAGAAGUCAAAAUAGAACUUGAUCAUAACAGCAACAUUCGACAAGAAAACGAGUUAUCGAAGCCAACUUUCCCAAGUGAUGAACCAAGUUUGCUGUGUGCCGACAACAAAGGCUUUGAAGACGAGGAAUCCGCCAUACCUGAGACCAAGACAGAUCAUACAGAUGAUGCUACAGAUAUGUUUGUUCCUGAUAAAACACAAGAAGUUGAACGUAAACCAGUAAAACAAUUCGACAAAAUAUGGGCCGCUAAUGAAAACAGUAAUACCAGGGAACUGCUGAGAAAAGGUAAAGUGCGGCUACGAUCACAGACAACUUAUUCGACUUAUGAUGAUGACGAAGACGAUUAUCGGCUGAGAAGAACCUUGAGUGCUGAUUGUAAUCCCAGAUCAAAGCAAAAUAACGAUCCUCGCUCUCUGUCACCCAACAGAACUCGAACUGUCAUAGGCAGUGAUAACAGCGACUCAGAAGUCGAUUCAGCGCAACUCUCGCCCCAGGAUUACACGAAAGUUGGUGGUGGCGAAAGUACUGGAAGCGAGGAAUGUUCCAUAGAAAGAAAAAGGAAAUCCAAGAGAGAUAAAAAAACGAAGAUCGAGAAAGUUGAAAAGACUUUCUUUGUGUAAAAAAAGAGAGGCAGUUGACAAAGCCAUGGUAGCCAUGUUGGGGGCAUGAGAAAAUAUUACGUCCCGCCAAAAUGGCCGCCGUGAGGUACUUUGUAAACGAUGAAUUGAGAUAUUUAUAUGCAACCAUGUACAAUGCUCUGUAAAUAAAUCACAUGAUCCUCAUGUGAUUUUCAAUUAUAAAUAAUCGAAUUAAAAUAUAGCUGCAUUGCUAAA